GAUAGUUGCGGGAAAACUGAAGCGGAUAAUACCUAUGUUGAUAACUCUGAACUGUAGCUCAGAAAGCAAGCUUUUAAAAAUCACAAUGAAAACCCCAAAGGCCACAGAUGUCAAAAAGGGGAUUUCAGUCCUUUGGGAGACCCUGCAGUGUCCAAUAUGCUUGGACUUAAUGACCACACCUGUAUCUACUAAGUGUGAUCAUCAGUUUUGCAAAUUUUGCAUGCUAAAACUUUUAGACAGCACCAAACAAAAGGGGGCUAACUGUCCAGUGUGUAAGGCCAAGAUAACCAAAAGGAGCUUACAGGAGAGUCCUGGAUUUCAGAGGCUUGUCACUGGCUUGCAGGACAUGAUUCGGGCAUAUGAACAUGACACCGGCACAAACUACUUAACUGGAAUAUCCCAGAAAAAAGGACAAUCGGGAGUCGCAGAUGUUGAAGCUGCUAAACAUCGUCAUGAUAUGUCAUCUGGAGACACACCUGACACUGACCAUGACAAUGUGGAAAAUGUUUACAGUGAUGAUCUUCCAAGGUCCCACUCCUCAACUAUAGCAGCCCAGAAUGGUUUUGCAAGGCUUAUGGGACUUGAAGACACCAGUCCCGUAACGGCAGAAAACGAAGGCCUGGACAGUGGCCUUGGGGAGGCACCACCAACUUCUGACAGAAAAAUGCACAGCCCUACAAAUAAUUUGGAAUCAAUGGAAACAGAAUCGUCUGAAGUUGCUGAAAUGGCAGCAAUAACACACAAAACUAGAGGCAAAGUGAGAGUUCCCAAAUUGAAGAAAGCCUCUCCUUGUCCAUCAUUAAGUCCAGACGAGACCGAACACCAGCCUUUAAAAAAGUCCUCCAGGAAGAAGCAGAAAAAGGAUUCGGGGCCUGACAAGAUUCUUAAUCAGAAACAGAAAAAAAGUCUAGAGAAAGUCGCUGAGUGGCUCAUGAAAGUUCCAGCUGAAGGAAGUCUCGAGUUGGAGAAAGCGAACGAAGACAGCGAUGACUCUGACAGCUGUUCUUCCACUUCAACAAUAGAUGUCAGGCAACAUAGCACUGAUGUGAAUCCUAGGAGGGAGGAUCGAGCUAAAGCCCUUGAGGACCAGGUGUUCGGGGCCGUCUACAAGCGAGAGCGGAGAGGGAAGAGGACCGUCUCUCCUCCGCUAAAUGUUUUUGUCAGCCCACCAACAAAUAAAAGGAAAAGCGAUAUGGAGGAGGAGCAACAAAUGAUAGAAGAAGUAAAGGACACCAGCAGUGACAUCAUUAAAGAAGCAGAACAGAUGGAAGUCGUGGAUGAAAAUAAUGAUGACAAAUGUGGGGAAGAGUUGAACAACUUUGCAGGUGACAAAAAUAAUGAGGUUCCUGUGUCUGAUAUUGGACAGCAGCAAACAGAAAGAAAGUCAAAGAGGAGGACGCGUAACACUCCGCAACAGGUUGACAGUGAUUUGCUAGAGCAAGCUAAGGCAAAGUCAGAGAGCACUGAGGAAAAGAAAACUGAUAAGAGGAAAGGUAAAAACACAAGGUCGGAAAAAGGCAAGCAUGCUAGAGUGACAAAACCUCUUGUUCUGGUUGGAGUACAAAAUGGAGAAAGCAGUCCUCAGACCAAACCAAGGUCAGAAGAAGUUCAAGUUCAAAUUGAGAAUUACCCUAGUAGCGAGGACCACGAAAUCCCCGUCACAAGGAGCACCAGGAGAAGUAGGAGACUUCAAGUCUUUGCUGAGGAAGUCCAGGAUGGUCACAAGAAAGCAAACUUGAAAGCAAAUAUACCUGAAAAAAGCAGCAAUGUUGCAAAUCAAUCUGAGGACGCUAAAGGUGGAACAUUGGAUAAUACAGCAUUGCCGAAGAAUGAAAACAUGACAAAGCUGCCCGAAAGAAACGGAUGUAUUUAUGAUCAAGAUUUAGGGGGAAUAGAAGACAUGGAGUGUGGUGAGAGGACAUCUUAUGUGAGCCCAACAGAAGGUGCUGAAGAAUGCAUUGCUGAAGUGCCAAAUCCUGAAAGUUUGUCUGAAGCUAGUGCUGCUUGUUGUGUCCCUGUGGUCCCAAGCUCUACAAGUCCAACUGAAGCAGCUGUGGUAGAUCCAACACUUGAAAGUGACAAUCCGGCCAAUCGCUUCCCAGAUGGUAUUCAGUUGGAGACUUCAGCCCGUGAGACCAGAUGUGCUGGAACAGAAAACGAGGAGAAGAACGACAGCGAGCUGGACACAGAGCAACUGCUCAAGACCUUUAAAGCUGCCAAGAGGAAAUCUUUCCAUCUCGGUGGUCCAAAUGCGAAAAGGAGCCGUAGUUCAGACCGAGAAGAUGUUCAGCGUGCUGAGGCAGAGGAGAACCGGCGUGUUUGUUCUGGUGUUGAAUCUGCAGACAAUCCCAUACACACAAAGAUAUCUGAGAUCACCAGCCGAGAGGCAUUAAGAGACGAUGAGAACUCGUCAUGUAGUGACUUGAUCUCUCCUUCUAACUCGCCAGGCCUGAAAAGAAAAACGGUCGAGAAACCAGAUCAAGUGGUGGUCGUAGCCUCAAUCUCUGAUAGCAGUUGCUCUAGUCAAGUCACAGCGGGUGGCAAAUGUGUCUCCAGGAAUAGUGUUAGCAGUGCCCUCACACCUAAUAAAGUGUCAAAAUGUGAGGCAGAAAGUCCUCACCUGCCUGUUGUGCCUCAAGUGGUAGAAUCUGGGCUCUGCUUCAUGGUCGUUGAACACGAGGAGCUAAACGAGGCCUCCCAGUAUUCUCAAGUCACAAAGGAACAGCUUGAUGGUACCUUGAGGGAGGAGGUAAGAGACGGCAUUUCUGUGGGCAAUUCCAGCCGAAAACGUUCGGUCAAUGCAGAAAACGAGUCCUCUUUAACUCCCGAUGGCCUCGAAAUGCCAGUCGUGCAAAUUGCAGACGAAGCAAAGUCGUGCGGCCGUGGCAGCGGAGAGCUCAGCGCCCUGUCCUCCAUUGAGAGCAUGCCGAGGAAGAGGACGAGGGCCCAGAGGCUCGCGUCUUCCUCUGACUCAUCAGAUAGCAGCGCAGAGGGAUUUCUAACUUUGGCGGAAGUUUUCAAGACAUCGGCUCCUCCCCUGCGCCGUGAGCCGGGAAGCUCAAAUGAAGCUGGGAGAUGUGAGGGAGCUACGGCUGAGGGAGAGGAACAGUUGUGCCGUCCACCUGCAUGCCCAAGCCCCGACUGCGUUAGUUCCAGCCAAGCAUCUGUGGACUUGUUCGGCACGCCAGAUGAAUGUGAUGUCCCAGUAAAUGACCCCGGUGUUUCUGUGGAAUCAUCACAAUUUUCAAGCGAGGUCCUUGUUACCCAGCAAAAGCUGGAGAUACAGAAGGAGCUGGUGAGAUUGGAGAAGUUGAUGGCUCUUGUGUCAGAGGUGCUUCAGGAGAAAGAAGAAAGUCCUGCAAAAGAAGUCCCCUCGAAAACCAACCAAAGCAGCAAAACCGCAGGCCCAGACACUCACAGACCCCUCCCGUGUGACCAGGUCACAGGUUCUGACAGGAAAUGUGUUCCAGAAGCAGAACAGGAGCCCAGCACAAGACCAUCUGAUGGCAAAGAGGUCACACAGCCCGGUGUGUCAAAGCACUGCAUUGCAGAUAUGGCAGCACAACGUUCCGCACCCACAGCGCCGAGUGUAAAAGGCACCGGACCCUCCAAGACACUUAGUUCAAGUUCAGCAGCCAAACAGAGCAAUGGUUCACCAUCAGACGGGCAGGAAGACAAAGAAAACAGAGAUAGAAGCAAAGCAAAGAUGGUGCUUGUGUCAUCUGGAUUAGGGCCCAAUGAACAGAUAAUGGUGAAAAAGUUUGCCAAGCGAGUUGGUGCCCGUGUGGUCUCCCAGGUGACGCCAGAGGUGACCCAUGUCAUAAUGCACACGGAUGAACGACUGGUGUGUGAGCGCACGCUGAAGUACUUCCUUGGCAUUGCAGGCAGGAAGUGGGUGGUGAGCUUCCACUGGAUUUCAGAGUGCUUCAAACAGAAGAAAGUCUUAGAUGAGAGUGUCUUUGAAGUGAGAGGUGACGUGGUGAAUGGAGCCAACCACCAGGGCCCGAUGAGAGCUCGCAGCACUGAAGACAACCACUUGCUUAUGAAGGGCUACAGGAUCUGCUUCCAGGGGCCGUUUACAGACAUGACUACAGAUGAAAUGGAGUGGAUGGUUGAGCUGUGUGGAGCAGCUGUAGUCAAAGAUCCACUUCUCCUCGACAGUAAACAGAAGUCCCAUCAGCUGGUCAUUGUUCAGCCUGGAUCAGGGUCGUCACCAUCCACAUACAGCAGUCUCUCUAAGCAGGCUGCUGUUGUGACACGUGGUUGGCUGUUAGACACCGUGGCAACCUACACCCUCCAAAACUACAGCAAGUACGCAACAUGAGCCGAGGAGCCUCGUGCAUUAAUCCCACAGCCAUGCAUCGUCUUCUCAUUACCCGUUUUACAACUUCUGUUUUUAAAGUACUCUAUGCAGGAUUUUAAAACGCAACAAUGUAUAGACUCAUAGACUGUCAUUCACAUCUGUUCUGAUAAGCUUAAAGCUCUUUGUGUCUUUGUGGAUGCAUGGCAUGAUGUAAAUAAAAUCAACAGAAAAUGCUUGAA